AUGUGCCCUCACCAUGGACUGGAGAAGUGGUUAAUUGUUCACACCUUUUACAAUGGGCUCACCUACAACACACGGAUGACUGUUGAUGCUGCUGUAGGAGGAGCUUUGAUGAACAAAACAAUAGACGAGGCAUACACUCUCAUUGAAGAUAUGGCUCAGAAUCACUAUCAAUGGGCGAACGAGCGUGCUCCUCAGACAUCAAAAGGAGGCAAGUAUGAAAUAGAUGCUUUAGACCAUAUAUCCUCUAAAGUUGAUGCUUUAUUUAAGAAAGUUGAAGGUUUGAGUAUUAAUUCUGUGGCGUCUACUUCAAUUUCAUGUGAGAUAUGUGGCUAUGUGGGUCAUUCUGCACUUCAAUGUCAAUUAGGAAACCCCCCAUCCAUUGAUACUUCUGGUAAUGAGCAAGUUAACUAUGUUAAUAACUUUAAUCAGAAGGGAGACCCAUUCUCCAAUACUUAUAAUCCGGGGUGGAGGAAUCAUCCUAAUUUUUCUUAUAGAAACCCACCUGGAAAUCCCAUGCCUGCAUCUAAUUUUGGUCCACCUGGUUUUCGUGCUCCUCAAUCCAAUUUCCCUUCUCAAAAGUCAAAUUUGGAAAAUAUGAUGGAGAAGUUUGUGACGACUCAAUCAAAAUUGAAUGAAGAGUUUAAGCAACAACAACAAAUCACGAAUAAGGUGGUAAAACAAUUGGCCUCUAAGAUAGAUUCCCUAGCUACGCAUAACAAGAUGUUAGAGACACAAAUCACCCAAUUGGCACAAAAUGUUAGCUCUUCCUCUAGGCCUUCAGGCAUGCUACCUGGACAACCCGAGACAAAUCCCAGGAGUCAUGUGAAUGCUAUAACUCUUGUUGAGAAAUAUGUGGCCCCCGCUCCUUACAAGCCUCCUUUACCCUUUCCCCAAAGGUUAGCUAAGGUUAAGUUAGAAAAGCAGUUCGGAAAAUUUUUGGAGAUUUUGAAAAAGUUGCACAUCAAUAUCCCGUUCACUGAAGCUAUUUCUCAAAUGCCUUCUUAUGCUAAGUUCUUGAAAGAGAUCCUAUCUAACAAAAGGAAGUUGGAAGAAUACGAGACUGUGGCCCUUACUGAGGAGUGUAGUGCUAUCAUCCAAAACAAGUUGCCUCCUAAUCUUAAGGAUCCAGGUUCAUUUUCUAUUCCUUGUGUUAUUGGUAAUGUCUCUAUUAACCGUGCUUUGUGUGAUUUAGGUGCAAGCGUAAGUUUGAUGCCAAUGUCCAUCUAUAAGAAGCUUGGCAUAGGAGAUUUGAAGCCAACCACGAUAUCACUCCAACUGGCGGAUCGAUCGGUAAAAUAUCCGGUAGGUAUACUUGAAGAUGUACCUAUCCAGGUCGGUAAGUUCUUUAUCCCGGUUGAUUUCGUUAUUUUAGAAAUGGAAGAAGAUUCUAACAUCCCAAUUAUAUUAGGAAGACCCUUCAUUGCUACUGCAGGUGCUAUAAUCAUGUUAAAAAUGGAAGUCUCUCCCUAA